UACAACAUUCAUUCUUCAAAUUAUAACAAUCUUAUAGAAGAGCAAUAUAUAAUUAAAUUACAUUUUGAUUUUUAUUGCUUAUUAUUCUAUAACAAAAUAUGGCCUCUCUUUUUAACUCCCUUGUAACUCUUGCUCUUUUUUCUUCCCUUUUGGUUCAAGGCACCCUAGGGGGAAUAACAUGUGAGCAACUUAAUAAGGAGGAAUGUGCAUUCGCGGUAUCAUCUAUAGGCAAGCGUUGUGUGCUAGAGAAGUAUGUGCGAAGGAGUGGAUUGGAGGCAUUUAAGUGUACUACAUCUGCCAUCGAGGCUGACAAGCUCAAGGACUUGGUUGAGACUAGCCAUUGUAUUCAAGCUUGUGGCUUAGAUCGCGAUACCUUAGGGAUUUCUUCGGACUCUCUUCUUGAGUCCCGCUUUACCCAAAAGCUUUGCUCCCCACAAUGUUACCAAAGGUGCCCUAAUGUCAUCGAUCUUUACUUCAAUCUUGCUGCCGGUGAAGGUGUAUUUCUUCCCAAAUUAUGCGAGACACAAAGCGAAAACCCGAGGAGAGGGAUGUCCGAAAUCAAGAGCUCAGGCAUAGUAACACCAGGGCCAAUAUCAGCCACAAAUUUCUUGGGUGCUCCAAUUAGUUCUCUUGAGUUGGGUGCUGCUGCUGAUGUACCAAUUGGAUCUCCUUCUUCUUACAUCGAGUUUAAUGAUGAACCUGUUGACGCUCCAGCUCCAACUCCAGCUUCAGCUUCGCCACCUUAUUACUAAUUUUUUGUCGAUCACCUCAUUUUCUAGCCCAAAGUGCAAGAAAAUAUUACGGAUACUUCGUUAUGUGCUUUCAUAUACUAAAAAAUAAAGUUUCAUGCAAUAUCAUUAUAUUUUUGGUGUUUCUUUAGAAGGCGUCAAUUUUGUUACUUUUUAUGUAAGAAAUAAAUAAAUCAUAGUAGUUUGUUGGAUGACUUAUACUGUUAUACAUAGAUAUUGUUGUACCAUUGCCUUUGGUGGCAUGUAUUAAUGUAUUGUUAUAUACAUGGAGUGAAAGUUUUAUUUUUAAGUUAAUUAUACUA